CCGCCGCGUGCUUGAGCCGCCCUAGCGGCCGGGGCGGUGGCAGCCAUGGCUGCAGCCAUCGCCAGCUCCCUGAUCCGCCAGAAGAGACAAGCCAGGGAGCGGGAGAAAUCCAAUGCCUGUAAGUGUGUCAACAGCCCCAGCAAGAGCAAGGGAAGCUGCGACAAGAACAAGUUGAAUGUGUUUUCCAGGGUCAAACUCUUUGGCUCCAAGAAAAGGCGAAGAAGGCGACCAGAGCCUCAGCUUAAAGGUAUAGUAACAAAGCUCUACAGCAGGCAAGGAUACCACUUGCAGUUGCAAGCAGAUGGAACAAUUGAUGGAACAAAAGAGGAAGACAGUAGUUAUACUUUGUUUAACCUCAUACCUGUGGGUUUACGAGUGGUGGCAAUUCAGGGGGUUCAAACAAAAUUAUAUCUGGCAAUGAACAGUGAAGGAUACCUAUACACAUCAGAACAUUUUACACCUGAAUGCAAGUUCAAAGAAUCAGUAUUUGAAAACUACUAUGUGACAUAUUCCUCAAUGAUCUACAGACAGCAACAAUCUGGCCGGGGUUGGUAUUUAGGUCUUAACAAAGAAGGAGAAAUAAUGAAAGGAAACCAUGUGAAGAAAAAUAAACCUGCUGCACACUUUCUUCCAAAACCCUUAAAAGUGGCCAUGUACAAAGAGCCUUCCCUCCAUGAUCUCACAGAGUUCUCCAGGUCUGGAAGUGGGACCCCAACAAAGAGCAGAAGCGUUUCAGGAGUGCUAAAUGGGGGUAAAUCCAUGAGCCAAAAUGAGUCAACGUAGCCGGGUUCAGGCCAGCCAAGUGCUCUCUAAACAGAACCUUACCUCUGGAUGCAGUUGAAUUCUUACUUGCAGUCUUUCAUCCAAACCUUAAGUUGCCCAGGACAAGCCACCGAAUUCGCAUAGGUCACCCAUUUAUUAGCCAUUAGAUCUACUGGUUGUCAGAGGAUAAACCCCAGGCAUGUAGAAUGUGCUUGUGCAUAUCACAAGGCAGUUGGAUAGCAGCAAACACAACUGCAGGAAAAUCUCUGAGAAGAAAUGUCCAGAUCUUUCUCUCUUUCACUUUUUCUUUCUCUCUUUCUCUCUCUCUCCUAUGCUUUGUGGAAAUGAAACAAAAACAUUUCACAGCAUUUA